AUGGGCGACCAAGAGAGGGUGACUCCUCGGUCGCUGCACCGCCCAUCCGAUGAGGCACUGGGGAAAAGUGAACUCGCUACGCCUGUCCUCGCACCUUCUACUCAUCAAAAUGACUCGAACGCUUCGGAUUCGCGCCCCGAAUCGCCUUUGCCCGAGUCGCCUUCAAGCGAGUCCGGCACCAAGCCAACCCCGCCCAUGCAAAAAAGGCGGCGGGUAACGAGGGCGUGUGAUGAGUGUCGGCGCAAAAAGAUCAAGUGUGAUGGCAAGCAGCCUUGCACCCACUGUACCGUGUACAGUUAUGAAUGUACGUACGAUCAGCCUUCGAAUCGCCGAAGAAACCCAGCUCCGCAAUAUAUUGAAGCCUUGGAGCAGAGAUUGCACAAGGCCGAAUCCAUCCUACGCUCCGUUCUUCCCAACCUGGACCUUGACGACCCCAAGUUUGACGCCCGAUCUGUCGAGCAACUGAUCGAGACCUCGAGAACGGGAUUGCCCACCAAUGGUACCGGAGGUCGGCCAGCGCCGGCGGACUCUUGCUCGAAACCAGAUGACGAUGCUCAACUUCAAUCCAUGGUCGACCGCACCGGGGCCUUGGAUCUGGAUGACCAUGGCAAUUGGGAUUUCCACGGCCAUUCGUCAGGUUAUGUGUUCAUGCGGAAAUUCCGUCCCCAAUUUGGCGAUCAGUAUCUGUACCAGUAUCUACACGCCGGGAAGAACCGCACGAUAUCUCAGAUUUUCGAGUCUCCCAAAUCUGCCCAUUCCUCCCCAUACGACUUUUCCCAUGCCGUUGGCGUUGAUUUGCCCGCAAAGGAGGCCGCCAUCGAACUGUGCCGAAACACCCUCGAUGACUGUUGCGCUUUGAUGCGCCCCAUACAUCGACCAACUUUCUUUCGACGGCUUCAUGCUAUCUAUGAUACAGAUCCCGAGCAAUACAACAAUGACCAUGUUCAGUUUUUGCCUUUGCUCUACGUGGUGAUGGCAGUGGGCUGCCUAUUUGCCAAGACAGAGAACGACAACGCUAUGCUGAACCUCAAGAAUUACAAAGAAGCCAUUGAACAGGGAUACCAAUAUUUCCAUACUGCAAAGCAGAUGCUCGACAUCACCGACUGCAGAGAUUUGGUGACCAUCCAAAUAGUCGUCUUUAUGAUCAUGUUCCUCCAAUCCACCGCGAAACUGCCGAUUUGUUACGCUUACCUGGGUAUCGCUCUUAGAGCAUGCUGUCGUUUGGGGCUCCAUCGAAACGUCCCUAACAAGUUCAGCCCCAUCGAACGGGAGGAACGAAAGCGCAUUUUUUGGGUAGUCCGGAAGAUGGACUCGUAUGUUGGAGCGGUGCUUGGGCUUCCGCAAAUGCUGAGCGAUGAUGACAUCGAUCAAGAAUUUCCCAGCGAGGUGGAUGACCAGUACAUCACCGAGGACGGCAUCCAGCCAAUGCCAGCCGGCACGUUCCCACUCCUCAAAGCGACCAACGCUCACACCAGACUCACCAACAUUUUAAGGAAAGUGGUUCGAUACAUUUACCCUAUCAAAGGAUCCGAUGGAUCACAAUUGGAUCCGAGAUACAGCAUCAGUCAUAAACAAAUAAGAGAGUUGGAGCGUGAUCUGCAGAAUUGGAUGGACCAAUUACCCCCCGAGUUGAGACCUUCGGAAAAUGCAGGACGAGAACUGGCGAGGGUUCAACAGCUCCUUCGAAUGUCCUACGCGCACGUGCAGAUGAUGAUCUACCGCCCUUUCAUCCAUUACGUAUCCCAGGUGUAUCAGUCGAAAAGCCUGGACAAGCGGAGCUUUGCUUGUGCGGCUGCGUGUAUCAGCGUUGCAAGAAACAUUGUGCAUAUUACGAGUGAGAUGAAGAGGAGGGGCCUACUGGUGGGAUCGUAUUGGUUUGUCAUGUACACGACUUACUUUGCAAUCUUAUCACUCGUGUUUUUUGUCAUUGAGAAUCCCGACAGCCCUGCGGGGAAAGACAUUCUCAAGGACGCAAUCGAAGGCCGGGAUACGCUGGCCGGUCUGGCGAAACGCAGUAUGGCUGCAGACAGAUGCACGAACAGCUUAAAUGGUCUCUUUGAAGUACUGCCAGAAAAACUCAAAGAGCGACGAAGUUCUCUGAACUCGGCUUCCACCACGUCUCGCAAGCGCCCGCCACCGGGAAGUGAGCCAGGCUCGUUGCAAGCGAGGCAAACCGCAUCCAACAUUACAACACCGGCGAGUCUGAGAGAAGGCUCUGCAACUCCCAGUCGAGCCCGGACGCUCCCGUCCGACUUUCUAGCCAAACUCGCCAAAAGAAACUCCAUGCCUGAUCCCCAUGCCCUCUCAAAUCUCUCUGACAAUGGCACGUCGGUGCAGACGCCCCAGGUGAUGGGUUAUCAAAGCCCGACUGUGGCAUCCCCCCUCUCCGGGAGCUUCGACUUCACACCACAGAUGGGCUACGCGCAAAUUCCCGACUUGAAAAACGUCAUGUUCCCUAGUGACAAUCCUUUUGCCUACCCGAACCAACCCAUCAGCACCCUCGAGUCGGCCGACGGAUCAUAUUCGUAUCAGGACCAUGCCAUAACGCCGACUGAUGGUAGCAUGUUCGGCACACCGAGCAAUUCCCAUGUCCCACUAGGGCCGAUUCCGCCAUCACAUCUGGGGUUCGAAUUUUCGUUUCCGCAAGCACCGAACGAGGCGGCUAAUUUAAGCCACGAUUUCGGUGGUAAUGGCGGACAUUUCAGUGCGCCCUUGACCGACAUACUUAUGCACAACGCUAUUGGAGACCACCUCCAUCUAGGGGGACUAGGUGAUUUCUCCGAGACAGUGAACGUUGCGGACAUUCCUGGAGCCAGCCACCAUGAAGAAUAUUGGAGCCAAGUGGAUAAAAGGCCGGGGGAAUUGGGAAAUGGACUCGCGCCUGGAGUACACCCGAAUUUAGAGGGAUACCUCAACCCGGAGAGUUGGACUCAAUGGGGCGAUCAACAAUAUAACCACCAGCAGCAGUAA